AUGGAUCCAAUUAGACACAUUUGCUCUAAAUUUAAUUCUAGCAUUCUUACUAAUCAAAUUAAACUUAAUUUUCUUAACACAUUCCAUGAUUUGUAUUCGAUUCAAUGUCUCAGUGUAAAAAAUAAAUUAAUUUUUCCAAAUCUCACCAACGAGGACUUAGUAUAUGCGUUCAGGAGGCAUAGGGGCGGCAAGGUUAAGAAUAAGCUUCGCAAUUUGGAGAAAAAGAAGAAGAAGGAGCAGCUUCUAAACUCUACUCUCGAGAAGUUAUCUAAGGACACCAGCCCAAAAUCUGAGUAA